UACAAGAGAAGCAAUCACCCAUCAUAAGAGGCCCGUCAGACGUCACUCUGUGUUGCGUACUAGAUGGCCUUCACCGACACUGAAUGCCAAUUCCUGAAGAACUGCUGUGCCAUCAAAAAUAAUGGAGCAGCCUUUCAGCUUUACAAAAGGCCCGGGCAGCCUUCAACUUACUGCAGUUUUGAUGAGAGUGUUAUGUGGAUUAAUAUAAGGGACAUGGCUCAAGAAACUAAUCAAACCCCAGUGCCUAUGCUCUGUAGUACCGGUUGUGGAUUUUAUGGAAAUCCUCGCACAAAUGGCAUGUGUUCAAUUUGCUAUAAAGACUUCCUGCAGAGACAAAAUGGAAAUGGCAGAGUUAGUCCGGCAGCUUCCUCAGGUGUUGCCAUCAUGGGAGAGUCUUUACCACUCCAAAACUCGGAAAGCAGUACAUCAGAAGUAAUGGCAGCACUGAACUCUGCGUCGUCACCAUCUGAACCAAGCAGCCUUACAUCGUGCCAGGUAUUAUCAAAUUCCACUCCAGUAAAUACCAAAGAAUGCGGCGUAACAGAAGUCGGUGCAGCUCUGUCAAAUGAAGAAUUACAAGGUACGAAUGGAUCUUCCCAGACUCCCGCUGAAGGCCAAGAGAAAUCACCGGAGAAGCCAAAACAGAGAAAAAAUCGUUGUUUUCUAUGUCAGAAAAAAGUUGGUCUUACAGGUUUUGACUGCAGAUGUGGAAAUUUGUUUUGUAGCAUUCAUCGUUAUUCAGAUACACAUAACUGUACCUUUGACUACAAAGCUGAUGCAGCUGAAAAACUUAGGAAAGAAAAUCCAGUAGUAGUUGGAGAGAAGAUUCAGAAGAUCUGAGCAGCGGAGGACAUGUUGGAAUUCAUAAUUGCCUUUAAUUUAGACUGACUUAAGCUGCUCUCCACCCCCAGCCCCCCCUCUCUAAACUCUAAUUGGAAUAUUGAGCAUUGAUUCCUACAUAAAUUCUUCAAUCAUGCAUGCUGUCCAAAAUUUCAUUUUUAUUUCUUAAUAUUUUUAACAUUUUUUUUUUUUCUUUUAAUAUUGUGGCUGGUUAAGCCAGAGCAAUAUGUUUUAUGUUUUUUUUUUUAAUUGUUUUAGAUAGGAACAGUACUACAUAACACAACUGGGUGAGGAAUUCUGUUGUAGUGCUUUUCCAAUAUUUAUAGACAUGCAUGUUGUAACUGAGGAUUUUAUUUUAUUUUUUUGCUAACACCUUUUUUUUGUUUUGUUUUUACUCCACGGCAAGAAUUCCUCUGUUCAAGGUCCUCACUGUUGAAUGUAUUGUAAACCUUUUAGGCUGCUUUGUUCAUCUUAACCCCUUUACCGUAUAUUGCUGUGGUUUCUUACCCUUGUUCUGGUUAGUAAACUUUAACAUUUGGAGUCCUAAUCAUUCAUUCAUUCAUGCAGUAGACAAAUUAUUGCCGUGUUUUAGAUGGCGUAACCUGUUGACUAAUUUGUAAAUGCUGAGCAGCCUUCAUUACUGGAAAGAUUAACAAUUGAAAGUUUAAAAUGUUAAACUACAUUCCUCAAUUGAAAUAGAGCAUCAUUUUGUACCUGUGUAAUGAAGACGUCGCACCUCCAUUGUGGGUGUAGAGGUCCACAAGGCAGUAACCCCCCCACCCAAACCCACCACUAUGCUUUCUCAAAACUCGCUGUGGUGUCUUUGAACACGAGAGAAACCUUGAGCAGUGUUCUGAAUUGAAGUUGUGUUAAAGUGGGUUGACAUUUCAGUUCGUUCUUUAGACACAAUAAUCCAGAAACGGGACUGUGAAUAGGGAGAUGGCAGUACAAUUGGCCAAAUCUUAAAAUAGUAGUCCUAUUGCUUGUUGGGAUAAAAUUUCACAUUUUUAUUUUUGUUGGGAUACUUGGCUAUAUGAUAUUUCUAAAUUGCUGAAACAAUACUAAUUGCAAAGUAGUUUGUUUUUUUUUUAUUAUUCCCCCAUACCACACUGAAUUUUCUGCAUACUCUGUAAAAUUUGAAUUAUUUUAAAUUAGUGCAAAGGUAUAUUGAGUUAAUAUCAGUUAUAAUAGUUUAAUAUUAGAAAAGAAAAGGAAAUCAAACAAAGUAAUGAAGCAAUUCUGGGUCACUAAGUGCAGUUACGACACUCCUAUUGAGGAAUCGGCCUGUUCAUUAUUACAUUAAUACAUUGCUUUUUUAUUUUUCUGUGUAAGGUUAAGUUCAGGUACUCCUUUAAUAUUUGUGUGGCAUUGGAGUGAGUGGCUGUUAUAUUGUAGCAUAUUUAUUUUUGUUUUAAUCUCUCUCACACUCUUUGUCUUUGUCUCUCUCUCUCAUUAAGAUCUUUACAUGGGUGGUAACAUUGUCUCAUGGUAUGCAUGUCCCCUUUUUGUCACCGAGCAGACACUGCUUUGCCUUUUUUAUUUUUUUAUCUCUGACCGUCCCUUGACUUUUAAUGACAGUCUGUUUCUGCAGGACAUUUUCAAGAAUCCGGGGUACAUUUGUAUUUUUUUCGGUGAACAUACAUGCAUUGGCUGAGGUUGAGUAAAAGUGUUGACUAGUUAAUUAGAUGAAUAAACGGUCAAAUUGCCAGUUCACCUCUUGUUUUUGUGUACAAUAUGGCAUCUUUCUGAACUUUUUUUUUUUUGGUCCACCCCAUUGGAGUUCCUAGUUUUCUAAGCCAAAUCCUGGACCUCCUUAAAUAAAUGAGUAUAGUUAACUGUAAAAUUCCCAAUUGCUCACCUUUUUUGUGUUUUUUAUUCAUAAUAUGGCAUCUUUCUCAUUUCUCCCAAUCCCCCCCCAGGACCCCUCCCCAUCCCCAACCAGCCAAGCCAGCUACUGGGGUUUCUUGACCUUGUUUUAUAACCUAAAUCUCUGGAUCUUCUGGAGCCGUUGGCGAAUCCCGUUCAUGGGUGGCACUCCUUGUGACACAAGACUGGCACCAGCUUUGGCUCUUCCCAGCUUGCUUUCGUUAUACUGAUCUUGAAAGAAAUGCUGCUCCGUUGUGGGGUAAAAUGUUUUUUGGUUUGACCUAUUUAACUUUCUUAAUGUCAAAGGGGGGGGUCGGGGGGAGUUAAUUGCUUUCAAUUUCUACAGGAUGAAGUAGCAGUUAGCAGCUGCAGGAAGGGUACACGUACGUCAGUAAUCUGAAAUAAUACAGGAAAUCGAUCCGAACCACCGAGGGUAUAUAAGAGAGAGGCGCCGAACAGUAGAGGCGAUUCAGUGGCUGGCUGACGUUUCAUUGCUUUAAAGGUGCACGUCCAUCCAGCUAAUAACCCAAUUAAGGACUUUGUAACAGCUGACUUCUUUUUAAAGUGGCGGGGAUGUUUGGUGCUGCGCUUUUUUCUUUUUUUAAAGCAGGUCAGGGUCCACUUGUAUGACCUGUUUGUUGGGGAAAAAAUAAACGGUAAAGGGGUUAACAGAAAAGGGUUCAAUAUGUGUUCAUUUUACAGUUUGCUCUAUCGAAGUGUGAGUGUGCGCGUCUAAUGUGGAGGUGGGGUGGGUGUUUUAUGAAUUAGGGGUCUGUGAGUGGAUGAUCUUAUUGGCUGGAUGUGUGUGCGUGUGAGGGAAAGUUCAUAUAAAUGAAGAAACUGUGCUGUAUUUAUGUUUAGUUUAUUCACUCUCUUUGAUUAAAUAAAAAUAAAAUGCACAUUUUA